GAUAUCGGCUGGGCCGCUGACCAACAUCUAAAACAAGGUUAGAACAUAUACCUGACCAACAUCCACCUUUAUCAACAAAUAACUUACUAUAUAUCAGUUUAAAUAGAUGAAAAUUUUGCCGAUGACUUACUUUUCAUUCUUUUUAGAUCCAGUUUCAAUGACUUCUAUUUCUUCUCCUGGCGCUAAUGGCAGCAGCUAUGACGUUUUUCUAAGCUUUAGAGGCGAAGAUACUCGUUAUUCUUUUACCGAUCAUCUUUACAAAACAUUAAAACAAUCAGGAAUUGAUGCUUUUAGGGAUAACGACGAUAUCAACAGGGGUGAAGAACUGAAGCCGGAGAUCCAGAGAGCAAUCAAAGAAUCUAGGGCUUCAAUAGUUGUGUUGUCAGAGAACUAUGCAACUUCCUCUUGGUGCCUGGACGAGCUUAUGUUGAUCCUCCAACAAAAAAGGGAGCACAAUCAUUUCAUUCUACCUGUUUUUUAUCAUGUUGAUCCUUCUGAUGUGAGGAAACAAAAUAAAACUUUUGCAAUUGAAGUCAAAGCCUCUUCAAAGUGGACAGAUCACAACGUGAACCUGUGGAAGAAAGCUCUUAAGGAGGUAGCUGAUUUGGCCGGCAUGGUUCUGUCCGGAUCUGAAACAGACUUUAUCGCAAAUGUGGUUGAUGCAAUUGAUUGUAAACUAGAUAUGAAACUAGUAAGUACUCCAGCUCAUCUAAUUGGAAUGGACACUCGAGCUAUAGGUAUCGAUUCUUGGUUGAAAAAUGAGCAAUCUGGUCCUAAUGUUUUAGCAAUUUGUGGCAUGGGAGGCAUUGGCAAAACGACACUGGCCCAAUUCAUUUAUAACUCAAACAAGCAGGAUUUUGAAAGCAGCAGUUACCUUGAAGAGAUUGGAAAGCACUCCAAACAGCCUUUCGGUUUGCUUGGGCUACAAAAACAACUUCUCACAGACAUUUUAGGCGGAAGGAAUGCCAGGAUAUCUAAUGUUUCAGAGGGUACAAGGAAGGUCGAGGAGGCCUUACAAGUGAAAAGGGUGCUUAUUGUUCUUGAUGACAUUGAUGGACAUGAGGAAUUAGGUGCUUUACUUGGAACAAAGGCGUUCCAUACAAAAAGUAAGAUCAUAAUAACUACGAGACUUCUAGAUAUAAAUGCAUGGUUUGGGUCCAUAUCUUGGAGGUGCCAGGUUGAAAAACUUGAAUUGUUGAAUGAUCAUGAAUCAUUAGAGCUUUUAAGUUGCCAUGCAUUUGGAUCCAAAAUUCCCAUGGAAGGUUUCAAGGAGCUCGCAGUUGAAUUAACGAAGUAUUGUGGUGGAAACCCACUAGCUCUUAAAGUACUGGGCUCUUCUCUAUUUGUUGAUGCUGAGGACCCAAGGAAACAAAGUAACAUAAUAGAGAUUUGGGAAAGUACAUUGAAUUCACUUUAUCCAUUGAAAGGUGAGCUUGACUGUAAAAUCCAAGGUAUACUACAAAAGAGCUUCGACUCCUUGCCACGAGCCAGUAACAAAGAGUUGUUUUUGCAUAUUGCUUUUUUCUUUGUUGGUGAAUAUGAGGAUUAUGUGGUAAAGAUAUUGGAGCAUGACUGGCAUGCAAAAUCUGGGAUCAUGACUCUAAUUAACAAAUGCCUUCUUACCGUAUCACCAAGUAACAAACUGAUAAUGCAUCAACUGCUUCAAGAGAUGGCAAGAAACAUAGUCCUUCAAGAGUCCAAAGAUCCUGCAAAACGUAGUAGAGUCUCGCAAAAUUAUGAAUCUUAUCGUUUGUUGGGAAAAGGAAAGGGUUCAGAUUCAAUUGAAGGUCUAGUACUUGACAUGCGAAAGCUCGAGGAAGAGAUGAGAUCAGAUCCAUUAACCCUUAAAACUGGUUCACUUGCAAAGAUGGACAAACUAAAAUUGCUCCAGCUCAAAUUUGUAGUACUCUCAGGGUCUUAUAAGAUCAAUUUUCCAGAACUAAGAUGGUUGUGCUGGCAUGGAUGUCCUUUAGAAACAAUACCCUCCGGCUUAUUGAUGAGCAGCUUGGUGGCUAUAGAUAUGAGUUAUGGAAAUUUGAAAAGGUUUGAACCUCCCAAGGUUCUUAAUUCACUGAAGAUUCUAAAUCUUAAAGAGUGUUACGAACUUGUCAGUAUCCACAAUCUUUCCCGACUUCCAAAUCUUGAGAGUUUGAUUCUCUGGAACUGUAGCAAUCUUACUCAUGUUUGUGAAUCCAUCGGAGGCCUUAAGAGUCUUGCUCUAUUGGACUUUACAGGGUGCAAGUAUCUUAUGAAGACUUUAAAGAGCUACUUAAAUCAUGCGCAACAGUUUCCAGGUGUAUGCACUGAUGCAGGAAUUCAACAAUCUCCGUUUUUAUUACCAGACUCGCUAAAAUUGUUGUUUCUCAAUAACUGCAACCUUGUAAAAAACAAUGAUGUUCCAGUGGUUUCUAGUGACCAAUCAUUAUUUUACAUGAAUUUAGGAAAUAAUCUAUUUGAGGUCCUGCCCAAUAGCCUUAAUCUUAAAACUCUUCGGGUACUAGAAUUGACUUUUUGUCCAAAUCUCAAGUGCCUCCUAUGUCUCCCAAGUACACUAGAAGAGCUGUAUACAAAUUGGUGUUUUUCACUGGAGAAAAUAACAUUUGAAUCAACCCGGUUCAGAUUACGGGAAUUUGUAUAUCGAGGUUGUAACAAAAUCUCUGAAAUUCAAGGCCUUUUCAAAUUGGUGCCAAUAGCAAAACAUGAUGAAGCCGAUUUGGGUCAUAUGAAAUGGAUCAAAGCAUAUCAAGAUUACUGGGUGGACCUAGUGGGUGAUGAGAUUACUAAAGAGAGAUACCUGCCUAUCCAGGUGUUGUAUGAAUAUGGUAUAAUGAGCACAUAUCUGCCAGGCAUAAGGGAUGAAAACAUGCCAAUUCCUGAUUAUAUGUCAUCGAUUCCGUUCUUAUCCUUUCGUGUGCCUUCUACUGAAAAACAUAUGAUCCGAGGAUUAAAUGUAACCUGCUUAUACAGUCUAUCAGGCGAGGAUGAAGAUAUGUGGGUUUUGUUCAUCAAAAUAAGUAAUAUAACCAAGGGUCUUAAUUGGAUGUACAACCCUAUGGUCUAUUGCCAACCGAGAUUUUAUGAAGAUGCUGUGUGGUUAAGCUAUUGGCCAAUUGGAAACAUAUUAGACACUGGUGAUGAAAUCAAUGUGUCCAUUGUGGGGAAUGGAUUGAUGGUAAGUGAGUGUAGUGCCAGCUUUGUUUACAUAGAUGAUGAUGAAUUAGAGCUAGAAAACUGCAAAAGUUACACGAAAGGGGAAGAAGUUAUUGGAGGAGAUCUAUCUGAUUUUGAGCUGACCACAGGAGCCUACUAUCUUUGUCGUCGCGACUACUUCAAGAUAACCACCCCUGAUUGGUUAAAGGUGCUACUUGGUGAUACCAUUCCCUCUACAGAGUUACGAGGAUGGAGAAAAUCUCGUCAGACACAACACUUAAAAGCAUCAUUUAUGGAGCUCAAAACUUUCAGACCCUACGCUAUUCCCAGACUGAAUACGAUCUGAGGCGAGGAAGCUUGUUAGAAAACAAAAGGCUUUAUGAAAUGACAUCUAAAUGUCAGAUCUUAUUAGAUCUAUGUGGAUCUGGUAUGAUGUGAUCAUCAAUGAUGGAGAAAAACUACAUAAGAAAUACAAGAAGGGGAGGAGGAGAAACUAAUCAGACCCGGUGGUGGAACCACCAUCAAGGCGUCGACUACCAUGAAGUACAUAAUAACCACCAUAUCAACACCUAGAAUACAUCAAACACAUCAGAUUUGAUGCAGAUCCGGUGGUGUGUAAGUGGAGAACUAAUAGAAAGAGAUGGAGAUGACCUAGAAGAGUUUCACCGGAGCUGCAAGACAUUAAUGAUGGUGGCGGUUGAAUGUAAUGGUGGUGUUCAUCAGUGUUAGAACUCAAACACAUCAUAUCAGAUACAGAUCUAGUGGUUUUUCAUCCAAGAUCAUCCAGAAAGAGAUGGAAGCGAGUUUGUUGUGUUUCAUCGGUGCUUCAACAUCAAUCUGAUACGAGGAGGUGAUGCUGCUUGUCAUCAUCGUAGAGCAGAAUCGAGAGGUGUAGGAGGUGGUGGUGGUUGGAAAAUCACAAAUCGGGAAGGUCUAGUGCAACAUUAGUAGGAAAAUCGAUCAUCUGAAGUUGAAAAAUCGCAGAUCUGGAGACCGUAGGAAAAUCACAGAUCUGGAGGCUGCCGGAAAAAUAUAAAGUUGGAUGUCUAGAGUGGUGGAGGUGGUGGUAGAACAACAACAGUGGAGGGAGGUGAAGGUGGUCUUCCGACGGUGGUUCUCUGAUGGUGGGGGUGAUGCGAGAAACGAUGGUGACAACCUCAUUAGGUGGUGGUGGUAACAGGGAAUGUGUGUUCUUCAAAAAUGGUGGGAGAGUUUGAAAUGAUUUAUAAUUUGAAAAGAUAGAUCUGAUUUUAAAAUAAAGCAUUUGUAUGUUUUUGUAUUGUUUAUGUUAAAUAGACAAAAAUACCUUUAAUCAAAUGGUUCUUAACUUUUAGUGGUUCUCA